ACUUCUUCUCGUCAGGCGUCUGAGCGACUACUUCCAGCCAGCAGCGGCGGGCAGGGAUUUGGAAUGCUUUCACGUUGAUCACUGCCGAAGACGCACACCAGUGAAUGGUGAAAUAUCUUACGAGCCGAACGCAUCCGCACACAGUUUGAAGAUCAAUGAAGCAACAACGUGCGCGUGAAAUUAAUGACUGCAUAUAAAACAACAAACAACAUUUAUAGCUACAUCUAUAGUGACAAGUGAUUGUGAUUACUUUGUGUUGUAAAUUGAAACCAUGGAUUGCUCGGACUGAAACCAGAUGAUUCCGACGUAUAUUCCAGUGAAAGAAAAGACCUUACAAGACUUUUACUCCAGGAGUAUUGUAGGAACAUUAUGAACGUGAAAUCGGUCAUUUUUAUAUGCUUACUGAUCGGGAGCAAGGAGUUGAAUGGAGCGGAAAAUGUCACCAAUACGUUACCAACUGUUAAUAACACAAUAGAGAACACAAUUAAUUCAUCUACAAAAAAUGAGGACGUUGCAAGAAGUGAGGAGCCUGGGUUUAUGACAAAACUAAACAAUUUAAUCUUUGGUCCGAGUGAAGAUGCCGAAACUGCAGAUACGCAACAAUCGGUGCAAUACGGGCCUCCGCCAGCGUCACGAAAUGGAUUUCAGGAGGACUGUAAUCCUUGUAACAAGGAACCAUGGAUUCCUAUUACGACUAACUAUGGACACAAUCAACUAGUGGGAUUCAUGCAAUCGCAUGAUGUAACUAGUGGUGGCAAUGGUGGUUUAUAUAACCAGCAUAGUUUUUCAUCUGGUAGUUAUGGUACUCCUAACCAUGGAUUCCACUCUGGUCCACAGCAGACUUAUAACCCGCCUUCAUCCCCGCAUGUUUUAGAGAAUUUUAAACCACCACCACAAAUUUCUAGUAAUUACGGACCACCAAGUUUACCACCAAUUUCUAGUGCUCCUCAAGAGUUGUAUGGUCCUCCAGCCCCACCUCAAAAUAAUUAUGGGCCUCCUGCCCCACCUCAGAACAAUUAUGGUCCUCCACCUCCUUCAGAUAAUUAUGGACCUCCACCUCCACCGUCACCUGGUAAUAAUUAUGGUCCACCACCACCUUCUUUAGAUUAUGGAGCACCUAUAUCAGCACCUUCUUAUUCUGCACCAAGUGUAUUUAAUAAGCCACCAGCACCAGCUCCAGGACCUUCAAACUUUGGUAACCAUUACGGAGCACCAAAACCAAUAUUUAAAAUUCCUUCUAAAAACUAUGGUCCUCCGAUUAAUCAACCUACGUUUUCAAUACCAAAACCUGGUUAUUCGUCAGGGAAAGCACCUAGGCAAAUACGUCCAGGGUUCCAUCAGCGGCCCCAUAUGCAAUUUAGUCCUCCACCACCACAGCCUGUGUAUAAAUAUAUUCCUUUAAACAAAGGAAAGUAUAGUAAUCUUCCAACUAACUUCAAACCUCCACCACCACCAACAAAUUAUAACUCAGGUGGACCAAUCAGCUUUAAUAGUUUUGGCACCUUUGUAAAUCAUGGUGUACCUACACAGAACCUUGAUAUAAAAACUCAAGUAACAAAUCCGGAAUAUUUACCACCAAUAGAACAGUUACCAAUUGCCACUGGCCAUAAUGCUGAACCGAUUCCGUUCCCUAACCUAUCUUCUAGACCAGUUGCUCCAUUACAUAACCCACAAAACUUCCAAGAUAACUUCCCCCAACCAGGAUCACAUGUAGAAAUACCAUACGACAGUAACGUUCAAAUUCAACAAAGCAUACCAGUUGCUGAUUUCUUAGCGUCAAUUGAGCACCCGAUUAGUGUCAUUCGCUCACCAAUUCUGGAUGUCAAUGUGGCAAAUACAAGUUCUCCGUCUGAUGAAUACUACAGUACUGUUAGUCCACAAAAUAGUUUUAAUAACUACAAUAUUCAACCCACAUAUGGAUCUGUUGCUGAUAGCGGGAACUAUGACGAUUAUAAGCUGAGUGAGAAUCCGAUUGUUGUUGAAGAUACGCACGUAGCGGCCGCGACCAAUGAAAACAAAACAGUCAGCACUUUCAACAAUCUGCAGAGCAGCGAAGUGGGCGAAGAUUUUAUUCAACAAAUAUUAAACGGAAUAAGUGGUCAACAACAACAGCAACAACAAACUCCACCUCCAUCAACAUCCAUGCAGCCUCCGCCCAUCGGCGAUUCUCCGUGGCUAGCACCCCACUACUUGAAUUCGGGAAGAUAUGUGGAAAAUACGAGCACAAAGAAACCUAAACAAAUUCAAAUCAUUAUUCCGUACACAACUAAUACAGAAUUGGAUAAACAGAAGAUAAAUCCACCAGCGGAAAUACCAAAACAACCAACUGCCGUAAUAAAUAUACAAGAGUUCUUCAAGAACAAUAAAAACCAUAACAAUAAAAACCCACCAUUUGAUGUCAUCCGUUUGCAGAAGAAUAUUGACGGUUGGACUGAACAAGAAUACUCGAAGAAUAUUUUCGCGUAUGGAAAAACUUCAGCAUCAACCGCUGCAACUUCAACAACUAAAUUUUUAUCAUCAAAACGUAUUCCUGAUGAUUAUCUUACAACAUUACCUUAUAAUUUUGCUGAAACUAAACUAUCAUCAACCACACCACGUUCAACACCGAAAUAUUUAGAUCAUGAACCAGCUGGCAGUAAUUCUAAAGAAUAUUUACAGUCAAAUUUGAUUGCGACAACUGAGCAAUCAACAACACCGAAAUUUCAAAAACUAACGCGGUUACAAAGUUGGGACAAAAUUCAUAUUGCAGUAAGUCCACUGACGAAAGAAAAAAUCUACGUGGUUACACCUCAACCAAAAACAGCGACUACCAGUUGGCGGCAGUCUCGUGAAAACGAACGUAACUCAACGUUUUCCAUCAGUAUAAUGCCCAUGCGCAACAAAACCGAGGACUCUAAUGAUGUGCGCGUUGUGCUCAGCGAGUGGCCGCACUUAAUAAAUAAUUUAGCGACAAUUACGAAGAAUCCACCGCCGCCAUCAUCAACAACAACUCCAAAGCCGACUUCGAGGCAUCCACUGUUUGGCUUGAUGGAUUUAUCGUCGUACACGCCGCCAGCCAAUUCAACGAUAGAAACAUACUCGGGCCAUUCAAAGGUGAUAAAUGUUGCUACGGCAUCGCUGAAGAAACGCGGCACUGCGGAGGAAAAGAAAGUAACGACCACAAUGAAAAGCACGUCGCUCAAGUAACGAAUGAAACGCAAAUUGAUUAAGUUGCCAUUUUGAUUGAACAGAGACAAUUUACAUAAGCCAGUGUAACCAAAGUGAUGAUGAAUAUUUUGACUUUAUGGAGUGUUCUUGAUUCCUAAAAACCCUUUUGCAUGAAGUUAAUAUUGAGUUUAUAAACAGCUAAUUGUAGUACAAUUCUUUUGUGUAUAUGAUUUAGUCUUAUAUCAUAGUAUUUAUUCCAGAAAAA